AACCUUCCGGAAAAAUCAUGGAGGAACAAAUGUCGUACAAAGAAUUCCUUGAUCACAACGAUGCGUGGCCGGCAGACGAGAGCAGCCAUCCCUUUGAGUCACCGUUCAUAAUGAAGCCGAUGGACGUGGCUGGUCCUUUUGGAACAGACGAAUUUUCUGGAUCACCGUCGCUAGGAUUCACUCAUCCGACGGCCACUGGUUUGGAACUCCUGUCGUUUCUCGACCCGGCACCAAAUCAGAGCCAAGCAGAGGUCCACCAGGUCUCCAUGAAGGAGGUCAACCCCCCUGAAAAUGAUUCCUACUCCACAGCGUAUAGCCUUCCAGAGGUGGAACAGAGUAUGACCUCAACAGUUCCUCCUGCCUUUGAGGGUGCUGCCUCUCCUACCACGGACCUGCUGAUGGGAUUUGAACCCUCGGGGGACCAAGACUUGCUUCCUCAGGGAGGACCUCAAGCAGCAGACUUCCUGGAGCCCCCGGUGUCGAAAGAACUAAAAUCGGAAGAAGAAGAUAUCAUUGUCCUCACCACCAACAGUUGUCCCACGCUGGAGAAACCAGAAGAAGAGAGCCAGUUCCUCCACACCGUGAAGGAGAAGGACGGUCUUCUUGGCCAACAGCCAACGGCCAUCAACCUCCCGACUGAAAAAGCAGAGGAGGCCCAGCCAUCAUUUCCCUUUCCCGCUCAAGAAGAAGAGAGCCCACGUCCCGUCUUCAACGCAGAAGAUCUUCAUCGACCAACGCCAACCGAACCCGGAGAGCUUCUUCCGUCUCCUGCAGCAGAGUCGAUGGGGCCUGACCUUGGGGAGAAGCCCCACGUGGACUCGCCGAGGUCCUUGGUUGAGGAGUCCACGUUGGCCCAGGUCCAGGAAACACCUGCCCUCCCCGUGGAGCCAUCUGCAGAAAAGCUGCCUCCAGAACAAGGGGGUGGACCACCCGCCCAUAUAAGACACGCUCACAAACCUGGUGACCAUCGCAGGUUUGGCAGAGCGAAACCCAUCCAGAUGUCUCUGGCAGAUGCUCCAGAAGACCAACUUGCAGGUUCUCCAACCAUGAAGAGUCACAGCCCUAGAGGUGGGGACUCCUUUUUCGUGGCUGACUUUGGCUCCACCAGUGGAACUUCUCCCCGUGGCAAGAGAUCUCCGAGGAAGGGAGCUGGCCAGGGUUUUGAAGUUGCAGAAGGUUCAAGGGAGGUGUUGCAAGAAGGAUGGGACCUCGACGCGUCAGCCGCCUUGAAGAAGAAGAAGAAGAAAGCAAAGCAGAAGAAAGGGCAGCCGCCACGGGGAGCAGAAACGUGGGAGGACAACUCGAAGUUAAGAAGCCCGCCGGCUGCUGCCAAACCUCCAAAGGUUCUCCAGCAAAGUCCUCAAGAGGUCUUGUGGGCCUCCACAGAAGUUCUCGGAAAGGAGAAGCUCGGGAAAGGAGGACAACAACAACUGGAAGGACAACAUCUUUCAUACCUUCCUCCUGUGAAGAUUGAAGAACUUUCCAAACUUUCAUUGGACCCCAGACCAGGAGAAUUGAGCCCAGCCAAAUUGGCCUUGGACGGCAGCUCGGCGUGGCAGCCUAAAAGUCCAAUGAAAGAACUUCCUGACGAGCUUCCGAAGCACCACCUUGAACAGAAGAAGACGUCAAGUCCAACUUCUCCUCCUCCUGGUCCUGAAGAAGUAGGUCCCUUUGAGAAAAGGGCACAGUUGGGGCCUCCGACUCCGAAGAACUCAAAUGUUGACGCCUCAGCUUCGGAGACCCACUCUACCAUAGGGCAGAAAGUUGAGGUCCAUGCUCUGGACCCCAUGGUUGCCUGCAAGAAGGUUGCCCCAGAGUUUCCUUGUCUUGAAAGGAACGAAGAGUUGGUGGAGGCACCCAAGAAACUCGAGAAGGUCUUAAAGAAGGACAAGGAAGAUGUGAUUCUACCAGCUGAACCAAAAAUAGCAGGGCCAACCCAAGAAGGGUCUUCUUCUCUUCAUCAAGACAGAGAAGAAGGCAUGGACGUCUCAGAGACCCCCAAAGAAAGGCCACAGAGCCAAAGAUCUGAUUUUAAUUCUGCCAAAACUCCAUUCGUGGUGGAAACCAAGUCAGAUCCAGCCCAACCCUUGUUUGCUGCUGAGACCCUUGGUGGUGGCCCAGUGUUUUUCACCAACCCAAUGGAAGACCUUCUUGGUGUCCAUCCUCUAGAGCAUCCAACCAGUCUCAAGUUGAGACACGACCAGCCCAAGAAGAGAGGCAGUGAUGGGAAAAGCAAGAAAGCAAAGCAUGUCCCAGAGCUGGAGGAGAACAUUGGCUUGAGCAAAGCUUCAAUGGCGGUAGACGUUGAGCGCCCGGGCGAAAUCGGUUGGACCACCAGGAAUCCAGAAGAGAAUUUUUCCACCUCUCCAGGAGUGAGAGAGAAGCCGAAGAAGAGAUCUAGCAUGGGGAAGAGCAGAAGAGCUGAGGAGAGAAGCUCCUUCAGACAACCAUUUUUCUCUCCCGUGGGAGAUCAUGAGAUGUUUGACCAAACCCAACAGAGAACAGAUGAACCAAAAGGCGGGGUUACUCUUUUAGUCACCAGCCAGCAGUUGGACAGUGCUACAGACCGUGUGAAGCAACCAAGUCCUCCUUCCGUCACCUUGAGUGAAAAUAUCAAAAGUUCUCCAGCUGGACCUGGUCAAAGGGUUGACCUUCCUCCAUCAGCAUAUCCUUUCAUCUUGGAAGCCCCUGGAAAGCAGACGGAAGGCCAGGUUCUCCUGGACUCAACGGUCCAAGGCCUGGAAAUGGGCGGGCCAAAUCAAAACAAGGGGCCCACUUUGGCGAGCUCCCCUGGAGGAGAUCCCACCUUCAUGUGGACCACCAACAAAUCCAAGAAGAGAAGCAGCGAUGGGAAAAGCAAGGCAGCUCACAAAGGUCCCUCAAGAGAACCACCACUGGAGAAGACGUUGGAUGGGAUUGUGUCUUCAAAGAAAAGCGAUUUAGUUAACGAAGAGUCUCCUGAUAAGAAGACUCAAGGGCUAGAACUUCCAGGUGCCGCCCAAGUACAAGCCCCUGCUGAAAAACCACUGGAAAUGACAGGCGUAAAGGAGGAGAAGAAGGUUGACUUUGAACAGCUGUCCACUUUGGAGGAGAAAGCCAACACUGCUAAGGCAGCAGAGGUCCCUAAAACCAAAGAAGCACCAUCUAAGGAGCAGGAAGCUAGCCGAGAUGAAGCUGGAGAAGGUCUACCCAAGCCACAUCUUGUCCUCCCUCUAGUCCUGGAUGAAGUUAAGAAACACGAGACUGACCGGCAAAGUCUCCAAGCUCCUAAGGUCUUGGAGAUGAAGGCAGAGCCCUCUGGGGAUCACCAAGACGUUAAGGUUGAAGAGGUCCCCACCUCUGAUAGCACCAAGGAGCAGGCCUCAGAACAUCUCCUCAAGCAUCCAGAACCUACAGACCAGGUUUCUGCCAAGCUCUUCAUGGAGGAAACUUUUGGAGGACAAGAGAAAGGAAAGAGUAGACAAGACAUGCCUACUUUGGAACAACCCAUCCAUUUGCUGGGCAGGUUGGACACCGGGACAGUCGUAGAAGAUGAGAGAAAGGUGAAGACCAAAGCAUCAACAGCUUCCGGUGAGAAAAAAGAUGGGGUCCCUGAUCUUCCAGAUCUUCAAACCCCACUUGCAAAACCCCCAAAAAAGAGUGGUGAGAAGAAAAGUAAGAAGACCUUGAUUGUCCCUCAAGAACCUGUGGUUACCCAACCAACUAAGGAAGACAUCAACCGUGAAGAACCUCAUAGGGUUGGUGGGUUGAGCUUCACUGUAGAAGAAGCAGAGAUUGUAGAUGAAAACAGGAACAUCAAGAGCUUCCCUUCUGGACGUCAACUGCAUUGGGAAGAGGACCUCACAAAUGUCUUUGACCCAGCUGGACCUCUUGACAAAGCCGUCUCCAAAACUCAAGGUCCCACCUGUCCGUUUUUAGAACACUUCGCCAAGUUGGCCGACGAGCCAAGCCAGGAGCAGUUUUUUCUUCCCAAAUUCCUACAAGACGCCAAGCCAGGGGAGCAGAAGAUUCUGGAGGAACUGCAGGAGAACUUGACCAAGCUUGAAGGUCAAGAGGCAGAAGCUUCCCUCGUCAUGAAAGCCGGGGAUGACAUCAGAGAGAAGAGGAAGAAGAACAAGAGGACUCCAGCAGACCGUCUCUUCAAAACGGAAAAGCAUACUGGAGGAACGGACCUUGGAGACAAAAGGCAAGGACUUGGCUCACCAGAAAUGGUGGUGGAGAAGCUAAAGGUGGCUCCUGGGCUGGUGGCUGAAGGCAGUGACCACCCUAUGGAAACCCAAACUCUUAAGGGAUCCGAGAAGGAAGUGUCAGCUCUUCAAACUAUAACAACUGUCCUCUGUGGUGGAACUUCAGAGCCAGGAGUGUUAGCAGAAGAUAGACGAGAAGAUGAAGUGAGGCCUUCUGAGUGUCUGGGCAGUUUAGGAAGUAAGACAAGGACAGAUAAGGUCCUGGAGGAUGUCCUUCAGGAGGAAGUGAGAGGAAGUGGGCUCUCCUUCGACCAUCUGCUGCCAGACGACAAGAACCUGGCCAAGAUAGGCCUUCUCCUCAAACCAACCAGCGAAGAGGAGGCAGGACAACUUGGAGAACUGCAAGAUGAGCCCAACUUGAGAUCGGAAGCUGGAGAACCACAAACAUCAACUUCU